AUGUCCUCGAAUGCACUCAUACGAGGCAUACUCCACCGAUCAAACUCCAAACAAUGGGCACGGUUAUGCUCGCCCCAAACGACUGCAAUGACCCGAUGGCUACACACAUCUUCUAAACCCAGCAAUCUCGAGAGUCUGCCAGUGCCAGCCAAAAGUCAAAAGACUGGACGAGUUGGGCAUCUUCUCUUUGCGCUUCUCAGGACCAAGACCGAUGAUCUGAUCAACUGGGCAAGACAAGGUUCUCUUUGGCCUUUGACAUUUGCUCUCGCCUGCUGUGGAGUCGAAAUGAUGCAUGCUUCAAUGCCGCGCUACGACCAGGACCGACUGGGUAUCAUUUUCCGAGCGUCGCCACGACAAGCAGAUGUCAUGAUUGUCGCUGGUACGGUGGUUAAUAAGAUGGCACCAGCUCUCAGACAGCUUUACGAUCAGAUGCCAGAGCCUCGAUGGGUGAUCAGCAUGGGUAGUUGCGCCAACGGCGGGGGAUACUAUCACUACAGCUACAACGUGGUACGCGGAGUGGAUCGAAUUGUACCUGUUGAUAUUUAUGUGCCCGGGUGUCCGCCAACCGCAGAGGCACUUCUCCAGGGUGUUUUUCUACUCCAGAGAAAGAUGCGGAGAACGCCGGUGACGCGUAUGUGGUAUAGGCGCUGA